GUGACAGGAUGGCUGGUUAGACACAGAAGGACAUGAACUCUCUGCGCUGAAGUGUGGACGGACAGUAACAGCAGGGUGCUCGGUUCUGUAUGGGUCAAUAAAUGUAUGUAAGACGCGGUUUAGUUUCGGUUAAUUAAAAUGGCGUCCCGAACAACAGCAGCAGCGGUGGCCUGUUUAACGUGGAGGAGGUUUGGUCCCGUCGCCCUCCACGCUCCUCUGCGCCCACACAGCUUAUCAGCAGCGAGCAGUCGGCUCUGCAGCUCCAAACAGGCAACCCAGCAGGACAAAACACCAAAGAGAUCCGCCUUCAGGCCAGCAGCCAACUCCACACACGACUGGAUCGGUCCUCCAAACCCCCUGUCCAACCUGCGGCCCAUCGUUUACCACGUCCCCGAGAACGAGUCUGAGCUGGAGAAGCGGCUGAGACACCUCAGGCAGGAGACGGAGGACUGGAACCAUGACUUCUGGACCAAACAGAACAUCACCUUCAGCAAGGAAAAAGAUGAUUACAUCACCUCACACUUCAAGGCAAAAGGCUUGACUGUGCGUGAUGAGCAAGGACGCCGGCGGCCCUUGAGCAGUGAAGAAAUGGCCGUCUUCUACAAGAACUUCCUGGACAAAAACAGAACACGACAUGCAAAUUACAACAAGGAAUGGUACCGACGAAACUUCACCAUCACCUUGCUCAUGGCCCGAGUCGCCCUGAACAACAUGUGGAGGACUGUUACACAUAGCAGCAAGAAAAGCAGCACUCCUACCACCUGAUGAUAAAUAAACUCUUCACCCACUCUGCUA